GAGUGAGAAAAGGCAGAAGGCGGUAGCAAUGGCGGAAGAGGCUGAGCGAGCGGCUGGACAGAGGAACUUGACACGACUCCACAACAUUGUGAAUACGUUAGCUCCUAAGCCAUCAGCCCCCAUCAUGGCAGUAACAGUUCCAGAGACAGGGCUGCCGUGCUUCGACGCAGAGGAGGACCAGCGCGCACGCAUCCAUAGCAUCUGUGAAGUGUGUGACGGCCAGGCGAUGGAAUUGGAUGAUAGACCACACCAGGCGGGCAGGAAUGUGCGUGAUGACGACAGGAUUGGUGACUACGACCUGGCGGAGGUAAAGGAGAGCAUCAUGGAGUUGCCCAACUUGAAGGGGGGUCCCACGCUGAGGUGGCCAAAGGUGGGGCCGCCUGGAGGAGCUGUUGCCGAAUCUUGGAAACUGGCUAUUGACAUGCUCGCGCCGCCCAUCUUGCAGGUCUUUAACGCGGCUCAGUCGUUGGGUGACGCUCCGCAGAGGUUCAAGGACGGCGAAACCAUGCAGCUGCGCGAACCAAAGGGUGACGGUUGCUCGGCAUCGAAGGACUAUAGGACCAUCAAUUUGAUCAGUCACGUGGGGAAGGCGUACGCCAAAGUCACUUCAUAUGCUGCGAUGAGAGGGGGCUCAUCCAAACCUCCGCCGAUGUUGUUGGCGGUACUCACAGACAUCGAGAAGGCGUUCGACGGGGCUGUCAGGGAAAAUCGUUGGAAAAGUCUGGAGGCGCUCGGAGUACGGUGGGAUGCCCGAGUGACGUUGGAGGAGCUUCAUGAAGGUAUGUGUUACCUGUUCAGAGACGUCACCACCCACAAUCCUGUGGCACGGAUCUUGGUCAAACAAGGAGUGCGGCAGGGAGGAGUUGAGAGUCUUGGGCUAUUUGUGGCAGCCUAUGAUGAGAUUGUCUAUCGCAUAUCGAACGAGCUUCGCCAGCAGGAGAUCACAGCCAUCAAGGUGCAUUUCGACCCCUCGUUGAAGAAGAUUCGGAGCAACGAUGGCCUGACGGAGGACGAGCGCGAGGAGCUGGAUGUCUCGCAGCUGAAGUUCUUGGACGACUUGCUCACGUUCGCGGAGAUCGAGGAGUACGACGAUGCAUCCAUUGUCCUGGAGGUGUUGCAAUGUGAGAUCAAAGCAGGAGGGAUGCGAGCCAACACCAGGAGGACCGAGAUGCUGCUCACGCCGACGGGAGUCGGGAGUAUGAAAAGGUUGAAGGACAUCCGCGCGCAGAACACAGGCAUUGUGACGUGGGAAGGAGACGACUACUUCCCACUACACCCACAACCAACGGUCAAGUAUUUGGGUGCGCAGCUGGCGGCGACGGGUACACACCACGUGGAGGUCACCAACCGCAUCAGGGCCGCAAGCUCUACUCGCGCGCGCCUGUUUCGCCGCGCAUUCAAGAGUGGGUUCAGCUUUAAGUUGAAGAUCAGAUUAUGGAAGGCACUAGUGCGCUCGGUGUGUUUGUGCUGCUUGGAGACCGCCAACCUCGCCAAGAGGGAGCUAAUCAGGCUGGGGAGCUGGCAGGUGAAAAAGCUUCGAGGGUUAUUGAAUUCACCAGCUCACCUGUACAAGAAGACCAACCGCGAGAUCAGGAAGCAGGCCCGCACGCCGACGGUCAAGGGCAUGUUGCUACUGAGGAGACUGAGAUGGUGGAGAAAGGUGUUUGGGCCGGCCUUCAGGGAGCCCAGCGAUGACAUGUACGACCCGACACUGGCGGUCCGAGCGGACAUGAGGCAGAUGUGGCAGGCUGCGGAUGCCCAGGAGCGACUCGCGGCCCGUCGACUUUUCCAGCUGCACGGCGACGCGCCUGGGCUGGCAGAGCCUUGGCUGCGCUGGCUCGCCUCCCUUGAGCCGCGCAGCUUCCGCCGUGUGCUGACUUAUGGCGGUGAGAUGGACGCUGUUACUGACACG